AUGCCUUACAAAAUUUUAGAAGCUCCAAAUUUAUAAGACGAUUUUUACCUAAACCUUCUCGAUUGGUCCCCUUUAAAUUACCUUGCAGUCGGUUUAAAAAAUACUGCGUAUGUAUUUUCCGGUUUUAAUUCUCAUAUGUAGCCUCUAUUUAGCAUAAACGAGCCUGAACAAGUCUCUUCAGUAGCCUGGAGUCAAAGAAACAAUCAUAUAGCUAUAGGCGAUUCAAUAGGGAAUAUUCAUUUAUAUGAUUAUACGAAAUAAAAAUUGAUAAAAAUAAUGCAAGGACAUGAAUCUAGAGUAGGAAGUGUUUCCUGGAACGGUUCUUUAUUAGCCUCGGGGUCUAGAGAUAGGAAUAUUAUAAUAAGAGAUGUGAGAGAUUAGAAUAAUUGUGCAAUGAAUUUUUGUAUUGAAAUGGAUAAUAUAAAACGAUAAAAAGAAAAAGAAAUUGCAGAUAUACUAAAAUUAGAGCUCUAAGCAACUUAUGUUUAUGUUUAAGAUACAACAGUUGGUGGAUCUUAUAAAUCUAGACAAUUAAAUACAAAUAUUGAAAUAAAUGACACCUUUAAAUAUAAUGAUAAAUUUAAUGAUUAAUUUACUGAUAAAGGAUUAUCUUUAUUAAGUGUAGAACUUAAAAAUAUGAUUUAAUUAUAAAGUUUAUAUUUAAAUUUUUGUAAUAAUAGAUCUUUUACAAGUUAAGGAUUAAUUAAAUUAAGUUAUGCUUUGUAUUCAUUAGAAAAUUUAAUGAAUUUGAAAUUAUUUUUUAACUAUAAUUAAAAAUUUUGUGAUAAAGGAAUUCAAAAGUUAUGCUAAUCAAUUUAAAAAAUGUUUAAUUUAUAAUAAAUUUAAUUAAAUUUUGAUGGAAAUCAUAAAUUUACUGAUUAAUCAUUUAAGUAUUUUUAUUUUUGCUUAAGUAAUUUGAAGGAUCUUAAGAAUUUAAAUUUAAAUUUUGAUUGGAAUAAUAAUAUUACUGAUUAAGGAAUAAUAUACAUAAGUAAAGCUAUACAAAAAAUGAUAUAAAUAACAGAUUUGGGUCUAAACUUUAA